AUGUGGAGUUCACCGACCGACUUGCUCGUUCAAACGCAAGCGCGUGCACAACUCGACAGAGUGCAACAUCAUACGUUGCUCGUUGAAGCGAAUGGGCGCACCAAGGUCGCUGAAGACCAGCUGCGUGAGCUCCAAGGAAACUUCAUGAAGAU